AUGGCUACCACGCUUCUGGGGCUCUACGGGAUGAAAUUCGUGGAUGCAUCGUUAUCCAAAGACGAUGUGUUUGCCCCGCAAGUCUACUCCAAAGGAGGGAGCCUAUUGGGUUACCCAAAUAUCCCGUACAAUGAUGCCGUGUUCAGCUGUACUUGGAGGACUCGACCGGCAGAGGGUAUGUCGUCACAACUUGAGAAAUGGCCGCGCUGCACCGAGCCGUCCCCGUCACACUCAACGCACGCGGGCGGAGGAGGGCGGACGGACGAGAGCGACCAAAAGACGAGUCCAGACUCUUCAAUACCGCCGCUCCUCCGGCGACCUCAUUCGCCAAUGGCAUUCCCACCAGGCGGUUACCUGAGCGGUUUGUCAAUCGCCAUCGGCGAUGAUACCAUCCUUGCGGUCUCGGAUCAGGCCACUCGAGACGAGUACUUGUAUAAUUGCCGGUAUUAUGGAUACCUAGCUAUGUAUGACCAUUCACGUUUUACGGCUUUUCUGCAUCUCAAGGGAAGAACAUGA